GUAUUCUUUCAGUUUUCGACUUAAUCUUCGAAUGUCUGUCGAGAGUUUGAUGGUCUGGUGGUGAAUCAGUUCCUUAUGUUUUUGUAUAAUUUUAACCGGGGCUUCUAGCUCUGGUGGUAAAGGGCUCACGGCUGUGAGUUCCGCCACCUGGGUUCGAAACCCGGCCACUGGGGGAUUUACAUGCGGACCCUCCAGCGCCCGAGACCGAAGACCGUUCACAGUGAGCCACAUGGUGACGCCCUGGCAGUGUCCUUGCUCGCUUCGGUCUCUAGUCUGGACCAUCUCGGUGGGGUCAGGACUUUCGGUUAUAAAAAAAAAUGUUUUUGUAUAAUUUUAUGAUAUUUCGUGCUAUUUCUUUUUUUCAGUCAAAUAAGAAAUCUUAGUUUACUAUAGUUGUAUUGAUAUACAUACCUCUCUGAUUUUACUGUAGCCGAAACACACUUCUUGAACGAACAAGCAAACACAAAAAGAUAGUGCAAGAAAGGUUACGGACUGUUUAAAACUUGACGAAGUCUUAUCCAACCACAAUUACAACCACUUAGUGGAAAACCCACGAAGCGGAGACUUACGGAGACUGAGCACGCUCAUUUGCAAACAUAUUUGCUCACCAACUGUGAAGAUGUUCUAUAAUAUGAGAGUGUUUAUAUGGCAGAGUUGCGUAUGACUUGCGUAUGACUCACAGACAUGCGACAGAUGAUGAGCUUCAACAACUCAGACAUAACGGAUUUGCUGCAUGGCUUCUUAGUUAUGUGAAUGAUGGUUUGGCCAGAGGUUUUGUGUUCGAUGAUUGGAUACGCGAAUUUGUGCGGGGACCAAACUUUGUGGUCAAAUCAUAUCCAAAAUAUUGUACGCGAGGAUAUGCAUUCACAAGGAAAGGUCAUUCUAGGAAAACAUAUGAUGAUAGUGUUUCGUCUUGUUCCGGUGACGAUGUCUACUACGGCAACAUAGAAGAAAUAUUGGAAAUCCAGUUUCCUGGUAUGGUUAGAUUGCGGUGUGUAGUAUUCUAUUGUGAUUGGUAUGACACCACCCCAGAUAGAGGAGUGAAGACUGAUGCGUUUGGUGUUACAUCGGUUCAUUCGCGGUGGAAACUUCAAUAUUAUGAUCCCUUCAUUCUUGCUUCGCAAGCUGAUCAGGUGUGCUACAUCAGUUACCCUCUGGUGACGUACAGAGACGAUCCAUGGGUCACUGUAACGCAAAUAAACCCAAGAGGACGAGUGGAUGGAACUUCUGAUAAUGAACCAUUACAACCAGACUCUACCAGCAACUUGAGUGCAGUUGAAGAUUUGGCAGAUGUUGAACUCGUUGAGAAUUUUACCGAGUUUGGACUUGAUGCUGUUGUACAUUCAGAGGACGAAGCUGAGGUUGGGGAGUUUGAUGAAGAUUCUGAUGAUUCUGAUUAGGAAUUCUUAUUAUUUGACUUGUAUUUAUUAGUUGUUGUAAUUUCAUAAGUUUUUUUUUUUUUUUUAAACAAGUCCGUCGGUAUUCCGUCACUAUAUACCGACAACAUAGCGACAAAAUAUGGUUUCAUUCUAAGUGGACAAGUUCCUCGGAAAUACCUUGGAAUAUACUGAGGACAUUCCGACGAACUUGUUAAAUUCGUCGGAAUGUCGUCGGUAUAU